CUCCAUUGCCGGCAAUCAUUUCUUGUAAUCAUCUCCAAUCUCUUAGCCGAAUUCCGAAUCCCUCGUUUUGUACAAAAAUCAAGUCUGUCGCAGCGUUGACUCAGUUCGUACAUUUGUAGAAACCGAAAACAAUGGAGAAAUUCGGGAAAAGAUUUGACGGCAAAGUGGCCAUAGUCACUGCUUCAACUCAGGGAAUCGGCUUCGGCAUAGCUGAGCGCCUUGGAUUAGAAGGCGCCGCCAUCGUCAUCUCCUCCCGCCGCCAGAAAAAUGUUGAUGAAGCAGUGAAAAAGCUCAAGGAUCGGGGAAUUGAAGUGACUGGUUUGGUGUGCCAUGUUUCAAAUGAACAGCAUAGGAAGGAUCUGAUCAAGAACACAAUCGAGAAAUAUGGAAAAUUAGAUGUCGUUGUGUGCAAUGCUGCUGCAAACCCUUCUGUCGACGGCAUUCUGGAAACUAAAGAAUCAGUGCUUGACAAAUUGUGGGAGAUCAAUGUUAAAACCUCAAUUCUUCUGCUACAGGAAGCAGCUCCUCACUUGAAUAAAGGCUCUUCAGUUGUAUUCAUAUCAUCUAUUGCCGGAUUCCAUCCACCCAAAGGCUUGGCGAUGUACGGUGUCACCAAAACAGCCCUACUCGGACUCACAAAGGCACUUGCGGCUGAGAUGGCACCAGAUACUCGCGUUAACUGUGUUGCUCCUGGUUUCGUUCCAACCCACUUUGCAUCAUUCCUUACAAAAAAUGAAGAGAUGAGGAAAAGCCUCGAGGAGAAGACGUUGCUGAAUCGACUUGGAACUACACAAGAUAUGGCUGCUGCCGCAGCUUAUUUGGCUUCUGACGAUGCUGCUUAUGUGACCGGAGAAACAAUAAUAGUUGCAGGGGGAACGCCUUCCAGACUCUAAUUUUUGUUAUGAUAAGUUGUAAAAAUCUGAAUAAAAGGGCCGUGUAGCUAAAAAAUAGAGCUCAGCAUUUGUGUUUGAUUUGUAUUAGACACUCCAAAACAGACUAAAAAGUUACGUUGCUUUGUAUUUUACUUUGUUUGCAAUUCACUGGACUGAGACUAUCAAUGCAAAAUUCGUAACCA